UGAACGUGAAGCUGGGUCACGGAUAUUAUUUCUGCUGGGAUUUUCUGUCUGAACAACUUGUUUCGGACCGGAACCAGCAGUAAAGCGGACGGUAAAGAUGGUGUUCCUCCUGUUCAGAUGUUAUCCUCGGCUGCCUUCAUCCUUCACUCUGGCUCGGUUCGUUUUAAACCAGAAUCUGGUUAGGAGUCAGCGGUGCUGUCUGGUCCGGAUGGGUAACCUCCCGGCCAGACGGACCUACAGCUCGGAGCGUGAUCAGCACCACCCGAAGCCGAAGGUGGUGGUGGUCGGCAUCCCGAACCCGUUCAUCUGGUUCCGGACCCGGAUCUACUACUUUCUGAUCAGAACCUACUUUGACAAAGAGUUCAGCAUUGAGGAGUUCACAGAGGGAGCGAAACAGCAGCGUCUCUGUCCUCCAUCUUGGUUCUGUCCUCCAGUGAGUUGGACUCUGUCCUCUGUCCUCCAGGCGUUUUCCCACGUCUCCAGACUUUUGUCUCGGUGUCAGUUUGAGGCUCUGGAGGGCCUCGUCGCUAAAGAUCUGAUCGGGAAACUGGAGCAGAAGUGCGUCUCUUUGCCGUGCAGCUACCAGAGAGCUCUGUGUGCCGAGCCGGAGGACGUGAUGUACACGACGCCGGGAGACGUGGGAAUCUUCUACGAUGACGACGGCAGGAAGUUCGUCAGCAUCCUGAUGCGGUUCUGGUACCUGACCAGCGUCGGUCUCCCUGACGACAGCAUGGAGGGAACCCGGAUGUUCACGGUGUCCAUCGGCGACGGAGAGACGGAGGCCAAGCGGCUGCUCACCGCCAUCUACGAGUCGGUUCCAGAGGGAGUUCACCAAAGGCGUCGCUCCAGACUGGACCAUCACCCGGAUAGAACACUCCAAGCUGCUGGACUAGACCGGGCCGGGCCGGUACCGAGGACCGAUCCAGGCACUGCUCCUCACCAGGAGCCCAGAGGGACAGAACCAGAACCGCUUGGACUGGAUGACAUCAUCACCUGCUGACUGGAUUUAACGUGAAACUGAAAGCUGAACAUGGAGUUCUGAUCCAGACCUGCUGCUGACUGGUUCUGAUUCUACGACCCGGUUCUGGUAGAAUCAGGACCUCCAUGUUGUUUCUACAUUAAAAUAAUAUUCCACCAUAUUUUUAUUGUUAUUUUGAAGAAACUUUCAGUAACAGAAGAUUCAACCAAUCAGAGAGCAGGAACCUGUGAGAAUAGACCAAUAGGAGAGCAGAUGCUGAAUGACGAUUUCUGAGUUUUAUUCGAUGUAUGAAGUAAGAAUUUCCUGAUUAAAAGUCCUUUAAUGGGAGGAAGACGGAUGUGUCUCCCAGUUCUCCUGAUUCUUCCUAACUGGUUUAAUUUGUUUAACUGGUUUAACUGGUCUCUCUGGCAGCGGAGCACCUGGCUGUUGGUCCUUGAUGGACCCGCUUCUCAGAUGACGGAUACAUGAUUAGAUGAGAUUCUGAUUCUAUCUGCUGGACUCAACACGAUGAACGUUCAGUUUGAACCAUGAACAGCUUUAACCAACCUGUACAUCUUUUAAUUCCUAGUUAAAGUAAAACUGAGAAGAUAAAAUAUUUAAAUUGGUCCAAGGGAACAAUUAGUGACAGUUUCUGUUUCAUGAUAAGAAACUGAUUUAGUAUUUAUCUCAGUGAAACCAGUUCAACAGGGGCACUGGGCC